CUAAGAAAAAUAGCUGCAGAAACUACUGAAGAACAUGAAGCACGGCUUGUGCAUAAUCGAGAACGAAAGCAUAGAAAAGCAAGAACAAGUAACAAUUUGCAGCAAGAGUUUGAAAGACCUGUAAUAGCAGUAAUUAUAGCAACAAAUCAAACUGAUGAGAGCAUUGCUACGUCUCAAAAUCCAGGCGAAAUACCUCAUGAGCUUAAAGGUUUGACUGAAAUAGAAGAAAUGUUAAUAGCACAAGUUUUUACU